CAUUGCUUAAAGCGCGCUCCGGGCUACAUGGUUCGAGAAGCGCCCGAGGCGAGAGUAGCGAAGUAGAUGGAAGUAGGGAGUUCCACUUUUCUUAUGCAGUGAUUAAGACAAACAGAAGUCAAUCCAGCCUUUUAAUCUGUUUAAUGAGAGCAACACAGUGAGGCUAGUCACAAAUCUUUGAGCCACGAGAGAAAGAGACCGAGACCAUACAAUCGUUUUGUACGAAAGAAAACGUUAAUGAAGCAGUUUCUAAUUCAAUACGAAGUAGUCUCCCUGUCAUAUGGCUACUACGGUUUUUAUUACCACCCCCUUAGUACUUAGAGUGGCACCGCACGAUGCGUGCUGGGGCCAAUAAGACAAUCCGCAUUGCACUGCAUGCUGGGAAACGUACUCUUCGCCGCCCCGGCAGCUCCCGCCGAAGCGAUUGGAAUGUGCUGCUCGAACGCGUCAGGACAGAGGAUUCCUCUCGCACCACCCCCUCAUGUAGAGUGACAGGUGGGAUGACCAAUUGCUUGCUGCCUUUCUGCAGGGCUCGGUUUUAGGAUUUUCCAACCAGGAUUUACACUCGCGCGAGAAUCUGAGAGAGGGGCCUAAGAGGUCACUAUGAAGGGCUUAUAUUGGCAGCAGAGUUCAUCUGGAGAAGAAGCAAGUUUUGUUUUCCUGGAAAAAGAUAACCUUCCAGUCAUGAGAGACAACUAUGUGAAAGUGAAAGUUAAAGCCUGUGCUCUUAGCCGGAUUGAUAAAAAGCUUUUAUCAGAGCUCAAGAUGGAGAUAGAAUUUCUACCUGUUGGAAGGGAAAUUGCUGGUAUUGUAUUGGAGAUUGGAAAUAAAGUGUCGUCUUUUCAGCCACAUGAUGAAGUAGUGGGCAUUUUGCCACUGGAUUCAGAAGACUCUGGUCUGUGUGAAGUUGUUAUCGUUCAUGAGCAUUAUUUAGCUCAUAAACCAGAAAAGAUCUCCUGGCUUGAAGCAGCAGGAACCAUUCGUGAUGGUGUCCGUGCAUACACAGCUCUACAUUACCUUUCCUAUGUCUCUCCUGGAAAAACUGUGCUAGUAAUGGAUGGAGCAAGUCCAUUUGGUACAAUCGCUGUUCAGUUAGCACAACACAGAGGAGCCAAGGUAAUAUCUACUGUGUAUAGUCCUGAAGACAAACAGUAUCUUGAGAAGUUAACACCUUCUGUGGGUAUCAAGCAACCAUUAGUAGCUCGUAUUAUAGAUGAGUCAAAUGGAAAGUAUGACCUGACAGAAAGCUGUUUGGAGGAAACAGGUGGCUUGGGAGUGGAUAUCAUCCUCGAUGCAGGAGUGAGACUGUACAGUAAGGAAAAUGAAACAACUUCACAGCAAUUGCUGCCACACAAACAUGACAUCAUUUCCCUGCUCAGUGUUGGAGGCCACUGGGUUACCAUGGAAGAAAACCUUCAGGACCAGAUUGUCGCCAGAUCUCUAAGGAAAGCCACAGUUCCAUCUCUGGUAGUGGCAUCUCUGGAGCAGUGGUACUCCCCAGCAACCCUACAGGGGACAGAAUUUCUACCCAUGCAAAAAGGUUGGUUUACCACCAAUGCUAGUAUGUGUGGAGGGGGUGCCCAGCAGGGUCAGUGGUCCAGGGAGGAGGCAACACAGCAUAGAAUGACCUGGAGUUCCAGCCAGUUCUUAUGCAUUAUCAUGUGCUCAUCAGAACUGCCAACUUUACCACCAAGGUUCAUCUUAACUGGUAGGGCAGCACAAGGUCCAGGUCACUGAUGUUAGAAGCACAAUUGAUAUUAAUAUGGACAGAGGCCAAUGAUGUCCAGGGAAUCCAAUGAGUUAGCAGUCUGGUUAAGUCAUAGAUAGACUGACCAGGCAGAAUGGGCUUUCAGUGAUCAGACCUUUGCACGCAUAUUGGACAGGUUCAGUCAGCUGGUAGUGUAUUUAUUUGCCAACCUGGAGAAUGCCUUCUGUCCAGGUUUAUACAGAAGGAGUGGAAACAAGAGAUGCAUAGACAAUCAACUACCCUAGGCUCGACUAUAUGCAUUCCCUCCAACAGCUGUACAGCCCCAAACAAUAAGCAGAAUCUUGGUGGCAACAAACUGGCCACAUCUCAUAGACCUCUCCUGGGAACCCCCCACCACCACCACCUCCGCUCCAAGGCUACAACCCUCAUCUCCUAUUUCAGGGCUCAGUGGUUCAUGCAGACCUGGACUGGAUGACGCUAUGUGCCUGGAUGCUUGAGGGCCACUGGAUACACUCCACAGAUUUUACACACCAUUUUGGCAUCACAAAGGCCUUCCACUGGAUAUAUCAGGCCACAUGAAAGGUUUUCAUAGUGUGAUGCAGGUCUAAUAACAUUCAACCUCUAUUUCCCUCUGUAGUGUAAAUUCUUCCCCUUCUACAGAAUGGGUGGAGCAACACAUCAGAUGUGGAGUUCAGAUGUGGGGUUGAGCAAACAGCUUAAAAAGGCAAGUGCCAGCCAUCACAUCAGUUCUGGUUGGCCCCUUUAAAACUGUUGACAUACAAGGUAUUUUUCUUAAUAGCAGUGAUUUCUGCCUGCUGGGGGCUGUGUUUAUGCGGAAGGAAUUGUGUCUAAACUACCUUGGUUAUGUUCUAUUAAGGACAGGUCCUACAUCUAUUCCAAGGAUUAACACUUCCUUUCACAGGUCUCAGAAGCUAACAUUAUCUUCUUUUUGCCCCAACCAUUCUUCUCCCAAAGAAAAGGUGUUUUCAUACACUAGAUGUUAGGAGGCCAGUAACGAGUUUCAGAAUUUCUGAAUAUUUUCUUUCAGGACCAUUCAUUGGGUCAUAAAGUCUUCAGUAAUAUUCUGGCCCAUUAGAUUUGUAUAAUCUUGUCAUAUUCUUCUAAGGGUUUGACUCCUGGGACUACCACAGCCCACUUUACUAAGUGCACUGCCACAUCUGAAGUAUUCUCUACUCAGGUCCCACUUAUUGAUAUUUGCAGGAUAGCCACUUGAACAUCCUUGUCAUCUUAUAUUUGACAUUUUAAGCUGCAUUCUUUAGUUUCUGAUGCCUUCUUUGGGAGAAGGGUCUUUCAGCAAGAGAUUCCUCAAUGAGGGCCUGACCCUGAACUCCCUCCCAUUAAUUGGGAGAGGCUUUUGCAUGUCCCAACCUAUGGAUACUGAGGGAGAAUGAAUCGUUGGCACUUGCCUAAAAAGUCAUUCUCCUCAGUGGUCAGGAGUGUAUCUAGCCCACCCAGUUCAGUGUCAGGUCUGCUUGGGUCUUUGCUUUCUGCUGUCAGGCAGUUUCCUUUCUGGGAAGGCCUGUCUUCUCUUGAGAUAUUGCGCUAGUCCUAACUCAUUCAUUGGGUGUCCUCCCUUCCUUUGGUUGUAUUGUUACUGUUCGGUUUGCCUGUUAUAGCUGUUGGCUAUUGGCUCCAGAGGAAUUCAGCAGCUUGGAACCUGGAAGGCAGUGGAUAUGUCCCUCCUAUAUCUGAGCUGCUUUGGUAUUGCCCCACCACCACCCUUUUUUUUUUUUUUUUAAGAUUUUUAAAGAUUUUUUUAGAGUCCUUUGGGGACAGGGAGCCAUUUUAUUUAUGUACAUAUACCUAUGUAAACUGCUUUGGGAACUUUUGCUGAAAAGCGGUGUAUAAAUUUUUGUCGUAUUCAUAUCUUGGGAGCAGAUAGGCAGAGCUAUAGAUACACUCCUGACUACCAAGGAGAAUGACCUUUCAGGUAAGUGCCAACAAUCUAUUCACUUACAACUGCAUAGCAAACUGUUUUCCUGUUAAUUGAUAGGUGCCAAAAGUAGAUAGCUUGUUUUGUGAAAUCUUAGACUGAGAAUAUAAAUCAAAUCAUUUUGCCACAAUGAGUCCCUCUUUACCACAAGGACUCUUAUAGAAUCAUUAUCACAUAUUACUUGUUCCACACCUAACCUGAUACUAAGUGCAUAUACAAUAGUACUUUUCUGGAACUCAGUUAAUCCAUAUAUUUUUCUUGUUCUCCUGCCCCUGAUAUAGUCACCACAGUUACAUAUUGGGACUUGAGGAAAGUUUUUUGCCUGCCACUCUUGGUAUCUCCCUGAUUACAGUGUUUUGUUUUCUUAAAAACAGGAUUUCUAUAUUGACCAUCUUAUUGUAAUAGUGAAUAUGUAAUAUGACUGGAACUUUCAUGAGAUUUAGGAAGCUUGCUUUGCUAUUUAGUACAAGAGUAAUCCAAGUUUAUCUUUUUUCUUUAACAUUAAUAACAGUGUAAUUUCUUGUGUAUGAACAAAUACAUUCUAUAAAAUAACAGUCAUGUUAAUAAUAUUUUAAACACUGCUGUGUGUUUCUGCCAGAUAUACAGAGUAUGUCCAGACCAAUUAAUGUACAUGUUGUUUUUCUUGACA